ACGUUUCAAAUAUUACAAUUGAAGAUGCAACAGCGGUGACGCACCUCUUAUUUAUGAUUUGAGAAAAUGAUCAUCGAAUGCACACGAUGAGAAAUAUCGUCAAGAUACUGUAAAUAGAAUAAUGAUUUUAAAUAAACGUAUUGUAUGUCGGAUGGUUGUACGGUAUCGUGUAAUUAAGCAUAAAUAAUGUGGAACGUGCUUGUCAUUAUUAUAUCCUAGCUAACCUGUGAUCAUUUAUUACACAGUUUCAAAUAAACAGCGAUAGUUCUAGAUAUGCACAAAGGUUGAAUCCGAUAAAGUAAAUGCACUUUGUACACCGUGUGUAAAAUGUACACGAUUAAACGGAAUGCAAUAGUACCGUGGUGUAUUUUUUAAACGAUCCAAACAUAACCUAACAUUUCGGGGGAAAAAUAUGAAGUUAGUUGACGCGAGAAUCUUAUGAAUCAACGCAUUAAUAACGUGCAGUUUUCCUACGGGGUAUUUUUGGUAAUGAUGUACUAUAUUUAAUGGAUAAAAAUUAUACUCAACACAAGGGAACCACGCGGGAAAAAAUGAGCGACAAGAAUGUCAUCGGUUACUCGAUAUCUGAGAAAAAGCGGCAGAAAUUUAAUUGGAACGAUUUUUGUAGUGUCUGUGAGUCUGAAGGGUUUCUAUUAAAAAUGAUUGAUAUAAAUUCUGAUCUUGAAUCUCAGGGACCAUUUCAUGUUUUUAUAUAUAAAAUGACAGAUAAACUAGCGCAUGCUGAAUAUGGCGAUCAAAAUGCCAAAGCAAUCAUUUCGAGAAUGAAAGAAUACUUCUGCCAACAUCCUGAAAUAAUAGUUAUCGACCCUUUGGACAAUAUUAGAAUUUUAAUAAAUCGUUAUAAAUCAUAUGAGAUUCUGCAAGAACAGCUGCGACUCGAUGAUGUAUUUACUCCGAGAUUUGUAGAAAUCAAAAGUAAAAGUGCCGUUGAGAAUAUAUCACUGUUAAGAAUGGCAGGUAUUAAGUUCCCAUUUCUUUGCAAACCACUUGUUGCUCAGGGUUCCAAUGAUGCACAUAAGAUGAUGGUGAUUUUUAAUGAAGAGGGUGUGAAGGAUUGUCAGCCUCCUUGCGUGGCUCAGGAAUUUGUCAACCAUAAUGCAAUACUAUAUAAAAUAUAUAUAGUUGGAGAGAACUUUCACGUAGUUGAAAGACCUAGUUUCAAAAACUUUUACGAAGAAGACUGUACUGCAUUGAACACAAUAUUUUUUAGUUCUCACGAUAUAUGCAAAAGCGGCUCCAGGUCAAAAUGGUCAAUUCUUACGGAAGAAGACAUUCCAUUAACAGUAAAACCAAGACAUGAAACCUUAGAAAAGAUUGUUAAGAGAGUUACAGAACUCUUUGGAUUACUUUUGGUUGGUGUGGAUGUUGUUAUUGAAAAUCAUACUGGAAAAUAUGCAAUCAUAGAUGUAAAUAUGUUUCCUGGGUAUGAUAGUUAUCCCAAUUUUUUUGAACAAUUAGUAAGCUGCAUUAAGAAAUUGUCAAUGGAGAACAGAGAUUUGCAGCAACAUUCUAAAAAUUAUACAUUAAAAAAAUGUUUAAGCGAUGAUUUAGAUUCUGGCUUUGAAAGCGAUGAGAAGAAAAAAUAUUCUCCAAAGGAUAAAUAAUACAGAAACAUGAAAGUUAAGGAGAUUAAUGAAUACAUCAAACUGAUAUUCCAGUUCACUAUAUUUCUAACAAGUACAAAGUGAUAUAAUUUGAUGAAUCAAUAUACACUUGUUUUUAUAUAAUGGCUUAAUUUAUGUUUAUUUUCAAAGACAUUUAAAACUGUUACAGCAGAUCUGCGUUUUGUGACCAGAACUACUUGCUUCUUUCUAACAUUUUUGGGUUGUUUAUUCAUGAUAGUUAUUAUAGGGAGAGAUUAAUUUUGUUUACUGUCUACAUCGAAAUUUUUUAACAAAUUAGCCCACUGUGGUAAGAAACGCAUGACUGCCAAAGAAUAUUUUGUAUUUUUCACUUGUAUACUAUAUUUGCAUAAAUGGUUAAAUAAAACAGCUCUGGGAUUAAUGUAUGUAACGUAUGUUUAUAAAUUUACAUUUUCAUUGUGAGGUAUAAAAUUGUACAUUAAAACCACUAUGAAAAUAUUAAAAAUGCAUAAUAAAAGGGUUAUUGAAUACUA